AUCCGUAAUUAUGGCGGCGAACAGAAACCGCCGCCUGGUCAAGGAGAUUCAGGACGUUCAGAAGGACUCGCACUCGGGCGUCUCGCUCGAGCCGCUGAACAAGGCCCAAACCGGCUCCGACACUCUCGAUGACUUGACACAUUUCAAGGGCGUCUUCCUUGGCCCUCCCGACACUNNCCCCUACCAUGGUGCCACCUACAACGUCGACAUCAAGAUCCCCAACGACUAUCCUUUUCAGCCACCCGUCAUGAAGUUCACCACGAAGAUCUGGCACCCAAACAUCUCGAGUGUCACCGUAUGUCCAACCACUAUACCCCUCAAGUCUCCCUUUGCUAAUCCGAUCCUCAGNGGCGCCAUCUGCCUCGACACUCUAGGCUCAGCCUGGUCCCCAGUCCUCACCCUCAAGUCGGCCCUCAUAUCGCUUCAGUCACUACUAUCCUCUCCCGAACCAAAGGAUCCUCAAGACGCUGAAGUUGCUCGCAUGCUCAUUACGAAUCCGAAAGAGUUUGAACACGUUGCCCGUGAAUGGGCAAUCAAGUACGCUGGUGCUCCCCAAGGUCCUCCCGGCUCAGACAGCACCGGUGCAGAGGGAAGUGGAGGUGUCACCGAAGAGACACUGAAGCACAAGGACGACCAGAAAAGGGAGAGGGCAGAAGCCGCAAAGCUCGCCCAGUACGCUUCCACGCACCAACUGNNGUAUCACGGAUACAACAAAUCUUUGGUGGACCGCUUUUCUGCCAUGGGCUUUGACGUCCCAACCGUAGUUGCCGCCUUUGAGUUCACUGGUAUUGACAAGAACGACGGCGAGGACUACGAACUCGAGGAAGAGUACAUGGGUGACAUCACGGCAAGGCUGUUUGGCGAGGCG